GAAAGAGAUUUACGGUAAAUGCUAGCAUAGAAGAAUAUCCCGAUACGUAUGCACCCUAGAAUAGAAACAUACUGAUUCUGGUCGUAGAACUGUUCAAUAGGCGAUUGAUGCGCGUGUGAGUUGACAGAACACAGUCUCAGGACACGUUUCGACGGCCGCGGGCCACGCGGUUUUUUCCCCUAAGCUGUGUCUUUCACGGAAUGUCAUCUGCACGUUUUUUCCUAAACGUGUGUCAAGGCUCCAUUGGAUCUUCGUUCAUAGCUCGAGUGGUGAUGAGCCACUAGCGAGACAAUUUCUCCAAAAUCAACUCUCAGCUGAAGCUUACAUGAAGCGCGCAUCAGACGUCCUGGUGCGCGAAAUAUGCCGACCAACGCGCUUGUCUCGUUUUCAUCGGUAAUCAGCUUCGAGACUCUUCACGCCGACGCGCCGGACACGUGCAGCUCGGGGGUCCGCAUGAGGUAAUCGCAGUGUCCCAACCCAGCAUGCUUCCAUGCCUCGUCCAUCCCACUGGUAGAACUCUCAACGGCUAAUGUCGGAAAGUUUGGCGCUUGGUCCUAACUGCCCGACCGGAGUCCGAAUAUGGUAAUGAAGCUGCCUAAUCCGGAGCCGUCCGGCUUCGUCUCUGAGAACCCUAACCCGCGAGCAACUCGACAAUCACAAGAAGAACCCUUGGCAGUGCACUCGCCCACCCAUCACAACCGCUUUUGUUUUGUUCUUCGUCCAUUCCAUUUGCUAUUUUGCUUUCUGCUAUAUCCAGCCAUCAUCCGCGCACUGCGUCCGACUCUGCUCCGAGCUCCACCAAGCGACAUUCGAAUCUAACGUGGGUACCCAGCAUACACACACCCACUUUCUCGCUCCCAUUUACCGCCCGACGCGUUGGGAGAGCCACGCCCGACACCCGACCCACUAAGUAAACGUUACGCCCCAACACCCCGGGAUCUCUCUUUCCGAUACUCCACUCCACGCUAUACGAAAAGACCCCACAGUGAACGAGAAUAGUAGACGGCAGCGCUCGAACCGACACCACUUUAUAACCUUGGUCCUGCCACCACAGCAACGGGACACCACAUCAAAGGACAGCAAGAGAGCAGAAGUCGCCGUAUAUAGCCUGAUUGGAUUGGAUUGCACUGGCUGUCAGGGUUACGACUUACGUAUCUCUCCACUUUCCUCCCACCUGUCUGUGCGCCCGACUACAACCACCGAACAAGAUGUCCAGUGAGAGCGAGCACGAGCCCGAAGCGAGCCGGGAGCCUGAGCGAACUGCUGAUCCGCAGAAGAAAGAACGCAGUGAAGAACCGGACCGAGAACGCGACAGGGACCGCGAAAGAGACAGCGAAAGGCACCGAGAGCACUCUCGACACCGACACCGGCACCGACACCGGCGCUCCCCUUCUCCAUCUUCAUCCUCUUCCUCUGCUCGGCACCACUCGGAUGCGAGGGAGAGUCACCGGGAGAGAGAUAAGGGGAGAGAAGGAGAGGAGAGAGAUCGGGAACGAGAGCGGAGCCUGCAUACAGAGCGAGGGAGGGAAAGAAGUGGAGAGAGGGAGAUGAGGAAGGCAAGAGACAGAGAACGAGAAAGAGAAAGAGAAAGAGAGAGGGACAGAGACCGCAAUAGAGCGAAAGACCAUGACGCGGACCGUCACCAACGAUCGUCUCGCACACACCACCGCUCCCACUCCCGCGAUCGACGAGGCUCUCACCAUCGCCGGAGGGAGCAUCGGGAAGAUUCCGAGGAAGUGCGGACCCAGCGGCACUCAGAAGCACGGGAGAGAACGAAGAGCCGGGACGAAGACAGAGACAAGGAGGCGGAAGCCGGGUCUCGUCAUCAUCGCCGCCGGCGGCAUUCUCGGUCCAGAGGACAUUCCGAUCCCGACACACCGACUGCAGCCAAUCCACGACCCCACGAAGACGAGCAACAACCUCCUUCUCAGUCUCUCGCCAGGCCAGCCGAACCGGCCCCAAUCAGCACGCUGGGGGAGAAGCAAGAGGCCGCGUAUGGGCCGGAGUUUCUGCGGGCUAUCGCAGCGAAAGGUGACGAAGUUGGCAACUUCCAGGUUUUGACUGGUCGGGAUGCACUGCAAUUUACACAACAGUUCAUCGAAGAGCGAGCAAGGGCGGGGUCACCUGACCAGGACGACAUCAAAGAGGCUCCAGGACAUGAAGAACCCAGUCGACUGGCACAUGCGCAUUCCCUGCUCGACUCGUCCAACCCCAAGACCAAGACAAACAGGGUUCCUCCGGUGGUGUUUGCCAUUCCACGUGUCGUCGAAGGCGCCGGCCGCAUGGCAAUGGAUCUGUACAUGAGCUGGAAUAAGAGCAAGACAACGCCACGCGCCGUCAUGCGCAAGAAGCGGGACCGCAAUCAGGAGUUUCUGGACAACGAGUUCCGCAAUGUCAAGGGUGCGCUGGACAAGGCCUUCGAGGCCGAGGGAGACGAAAACGUCCCCGCGAUGCCGCCGAUGAUUACCAAAUUGGCCAAAGAGGAAGAGGAGAAACAUCUGAAAGCCCCGCUGAUGGCCAGUCGAACGCAGUCUGACCCGCUGCCACUCCCGUCUUCGUUUCCGCUCAACCUUGACCCGCCGCGGCCGUCGUUGGGACCUCACCGUGGGAGCGUGGACAGUCUUGCCAGUGUACAGAGCAUGCCGUUUUUGGGUGCGGUGCGGAAUGUGCCCAAUGGGAAUCGACUUCCGCUGCGGGUCACGAAUAUGGGCCCAGGGGAUCGGUUUUCCAUGUCAUCCAGCACCACCUCUUUGCUUGAAGUGCCAGGCAUCACGGCGCCCGGCCCGUCACAGUUAAGGGAGACGUUGUUCAAGGCUCCGCCGUCGCCUAUCGCUGAGGAAGUUCCAGAACAGGCUACCACCGUCCCGAGACGUGCACCCUCAGUAGCCAGCCGAUCGAGCCACGGGAGCAGCAAGUCGAGAGAGAAGAUUACGAUCGUGCUGCUAGAUAAAGCUGACCGUGAGCUACUCGAGGCAAAGCCAAUAUCUAAAGAGGUUGAAAGCAGUUGGCAUGGCCUCGAACGCCGGCUUUCAUCCCGACCCAAACCCAAACCCAAGCCCAGGCGCUACAGUGCCAACUCGUCGCCAUGGGCAGGGCCCGUCGCUCAUCGAGACGAGAACAUCCGCUAUGUGCAUACGCCGCCGCCGGAGAACGCCGAUGACUACGUCUUCGAUGACAGCGACGAUGGAGAUGGAAGUGUGGAUGGGACCGCGUUGGCUCCUGUCAUGCAAGCCUUGGGGUCGAUGGGCUAUUUGUCGCCAGAGGCCAGUUACAUCAGGCAGACCACACCUGGGUCGUACCCGAACCUGCGCACGCCGUACGGCAGUCCGUACUCUGCGACAGCCGCGACAGCCACCGUGCCGUAUUCAUCGCCAUACGUACCAGGGGUGAAUCUGACUGUCGACACGAGCACAUACACGCCCUCGCCGUACUCGGCAGCAGCCUUCCCCUUGCCUCCCAGCCGGCCGAUCACACCAACCUCCUCGCCGUACUACGCGUAUCAGGGGCUGGGCAAGAUCACUCCGCCUCAGCAGACGUUUAGUCCUUGGAGUGCCCCGGCGCAGUACCCUCCGACGAACUACAGUCCCGGAUAUCACUCUUCGCCGAUCCCCAGCAUCUAUGCGCCGUCGCCUGCCAGCGUGCACAGCAAUGCGAAUCUCGCUGCCGUGUACGCGAGCCCGUAUGUUUCGCCUGUUGGAGUGCGGCGCGCUGGCUCGUUGACGGGUUUCGCGUACGGCGCCUAGGUAUUACUCUCUAUGCUUUCAUUUUGCUUUCGGUGGUAUUCUACUAGGUCCAGUGUAAUAUAUACGAAUGUAUUCCCAAGAGUGUUCUUCCUACAUGCGGUCGAUUAUUCCUCUAUCAUGUCUAUCCUGUUAGAUUAUUACUCCAGUCAUGCCUAUAUGUUUAUGUUGGUAGGAUGCUAGAGACAAAAACGCAACGAAUUUGGCUUGUGUACCGGGCCUUCACACAAUUAACGGCCUGCAACGAGCCACA